GGGAGGGGAACCCCAGGAAUGAGCCACCAACCUCCAGGGACAGCAGAAGGAGGUGGCCAAGCCCAGGAGGGGCAGGAUCUCCAAAGGUGAACUUGUCCAGGGCCGUCCUGGGCCUGAAGGUUCUUUAGACCUAAGAUGCGACGUCAGUGCGCAGGGAGGGAGGAGCCCAGGGGCCUCCCCCAGGUGAUAAGUAGGCCCCGCCUCCCUGCCCUGAGACGUUCUAAUUGUUGGUGACUGACUCACCCUCACUUCAAAAGCCUGGGCCAGUCCAGCUAUUUGACCGCCCAUCACUCUGGAAUUCUGUGGGGGAAGCUGGGGCCCCACCUGCGGAGGCCCCACCUGCGGAGGCCCCACCUGCAGAGGCCCCGCCUGCGGAGUGGCUCCUCACCUGGGCAGGUGCCUCUGCACAGCUGCCUCAGAGCCGGCCUAGGGACUGCCCUCUGCCCUGGCAAAGCCAUGGCAGUGCAGGUGCCCCUGUGGCACCACUACCUGCAGGCUAUCCGCUCGCGGGAGGCGAACCGGGCACAGGACCACCAGCGUGCAGAGAACGUGCUCUUCACGGUGCUGGAGCGCGUGCACACACUGGACCCCCGCUUCCUCGUGGACUACUCCCGGGGCCUGGAGGCCUUCCAGUUCGCCCUGCGCUCCUCAGAGGAUCCGCUGGACAUGGAGGUGCCCCUGUGGGUGGACACCGAGGCCCUCCUGCUUGAAGAGGUGGAGGCCACUGAGGCAGGGGAUGGCCCCCCGACCUUCUGCCUGGGCGUCCCCAGGGAAGGGGCUGGCUUGGAGCGGUGGAUGUCUGACGACGUCUUCAGCGUCUCCUCAGAGGGCAGCGCCAACUGCUGUGGCCACAUCGUACCCAGGAAGGUCCUGCGCAUCCUCAAGGACCUGCUGGUGGCAGCCAUUGUGCACUGCAAGCACCAGAGCAUAAUCUCUCCAGGCGCCCUGAGUGUGGACAGCCUGAGGGAGGAAGGCCCCCACCUGCGCCUGCUGGUAUCCGGUGGCUGGAGGACGAUGCGCUUCAAUGUCGUGCCCGUGGUGAGGAGGAAGCACAGGCUGCCCGCCCUGGAGGGGUCCCAGCGGACGCCUGGGUUCCCCGAGGGCAGCUUGAGAAGAAUCCUCAGCCAAGAGGUAGCCCUGGUACCGGCCAGCGCCCACCACUGGAGAAUCUCUACUGACCACCUGCUCCCCAGGCUGCUUAGCGCACUGGGCUCCCUCCCGGGCCACCACCUGGACAGCCUCUCCAUCCUGGACCGAGUCAACCAUGAGAGGUGGCGUGACGGUGGCCAGAGCCCAGGCCUGACUUUUGGCCACCUGAAGAUGGUCCUGCUGUGGGCCUCGACGCUCUUCCCAGGGCCUGAGGACUGGGCAGAGCUGCAGGGCGCAGUGUACCGCCUGCUGGUGGUUCUGCUCUGCUGCCUGGCCACCAGGAACCUGCCCCAUUUCCUCCACCCCGAGUGGAACCUGCUGCAGGAUGCCGGCCUGGACCUCAACGUCCUCUACCGGCAUGUGGAGCACUUUGCCAGCCAGCCAGAGGUGUCCCUGCGUAUCCAUGUCACCCACCUGGGCCGCAGCCCCCCGCCGCGUAUCGACAAUGGCGUCAAGGCGCUCCUGCAGCUGCCCGCCAGCGACCCCUCCUACUGGGCCACUGCCUUCUUUGACGUCCUGCUGGACAAGUUCCAGGUCUUCAACAUCCAGGAUACAGACCGGAUCUCAGCCAUGCAGAGCAUGUUCCAAAAGACCAAGACUCUUGGAGGGGAAGACAGCUGAGCUGCCCCCAGCCCCAGUCUCUGCUGCCUCACGGAGGCUCCCAGGGCAUUUGGAGAGGGAAUGGGCUUCACCUGGAGGUGGGUGGUGAGUGGUGGAGGCUUUGUCCCCAGGGGCCACCUCAAACUGUCCAGGGUGCUGGGCAGCAGCCUCCUGGAGCUGUGACCUUGUGAGGGUGCUGUGAACUUGAUGUGACAUGUGUUGCUCCAUCCCAUGUAAUGUCAAGGCUCUGAAAAACGAGGGUCUGCAUGGGACCUGGAGCUUAAGGUCGGGUCUUACCUGUGGGUUGCUGUUCUGUGGUAUGUAUCUAUGGAUCUUACCUUGAGUAAGUUAGUGAACUGGACGUAACAAUGGA